UCCUUUCGCGCUUUAGAUAAGCCGAGGAGACCAAGCAGCAAGCACCCCGAGCGGCAGGCAGAGGGGGUCAUGACCCGAGAGGGUUCUUGAAUCUUGCGCUCUCAGCUGCCUGUACUUGCUUGGUACUAUCUCCUAUUUUCCGGACCAGAUUCCAUCAUGGCCAUGGGAGCUGUGCUCUCAGGUAGAAGCUUCGCCUCUCCGCUCUCUUCAGUAAAGAAACAUGAGAUGAAGUAUUUCACAUCAACACAGAACAAGUGUGUGUGUUCAUCGGUUCCUGGACAAAGAUUUCAUCGACACAUUACUGGGACCAAUCUUUUCCCGGCCCAAAGUCAUUCAAGAAGCACUGCAACGGCAAGGCAUCAGGUAUCUAGGCGGUUUCAGACCCCUGUGCUGGAAUCCUCCGGGGACCAUCUGAAGAUCUCCAGUGCAAGCAUCAAGAGGAGAGUUCUAUCCAGGGUUGAGUGCUUUCUCACUUCAGACCCAGCGAGCGGUGGUUCGCUAAAACCAAGGAGGCGGCAGAAUUCCACUGCUACUACUUCGGAGAGCGCUUGUGUCCACCUGGAGUACAGAGUGCCCAUCAGAAGACGCGCUGACUGCAAAGCCGAGCAGUAUGGAAUCACAGGGUCACCGUUGAGCCCUUCUGACGGUCCUGCUGAUACAAUUCUGGUUGGAGAUACAAGCAACAUUUCCCCCUGGUGGCAGCAGUUCCCAAAGCGCUGGACGAUCGUUCUCCUUUGCUUCUUUGCGUUCCUGCUCUGCAAUAUGGACCGUGUCAAUUUGAGCAUUGCGAUACUACCAAUGGCGUCGGAGUUCAGCUGGAAUCCAGCAACCGUUGGCCUAAUCCAAUCUUCUUUCUUUUGGGGCUAUCUUCUUACUCAGAUUCUUGGAGGCAUUUGGGCUGACAGGUUUGGUGGCAAGGUAGUGCUAGGAUUUGGGGUUGUAUGGUGGUCAAUUGCAACAGUUCUUACACCCCUUGCUGCCAAGAUUGGGCUUCCAUGCUUGCUCAUCGCACGUGCCUUCAUGGGGAUAGGCGAGGGUGUUGCCAUGCCUGCUAUGAACAACAUCCUUUCCAAAUGGAUCCCAGUUUCAGAGAGGAGCAGAUCUCUUGCUUUAGUUUACAGCGGAAUGUACCUUGGUUCAGUCACCGGCCUCGCUUUCUCACCUCUGUUGAUCAGCAGAUUUGGUUGGCCUUCUGUUUUUUAUGCAUUUGGGUCCUUGGGAAGCGUCUGGUUUGCACUGUGGCAAACGAAAGCACACAGCUCUCCAGAUGAUGAUCCAGAACUAAGCAAAGCUGAAAAGAGGCACAUACUAGGUGGUAAUGCCUUAAAGGAGCCUGUCACUUCCAUACCAUGGAGACUAAUUCUUUCAAAGGCUCCAGUAUGGGCUCUCAUAAUAUCGCAUUUUUGCCAUAACUGGGGAACAUUCAUUCUUCUAACAUGGAUGCCCACAUACUAUAACCAGGUUUUGAAGUUUAAUCUCACCGAAUCUGGGCUGCUGUGUGUCUUGCCAUGGCUGACAAUGGCUGUUUUUGCGAAUAUCGGCGGUUGGAUUGCUGACACUCUUGUUCAGAGAGGGAUUUCUAUAACAAAUGUUCGUAAGAUCAUGCAAUCUGUUGGUUUCCUUGGACCUGCCUUGUUCUUGACGCUGCUGAGCAAGGUCCGAACUCCAGCCAUGGCCGUGUUGUGCAUGGCAUGCAGUCAGGGGAGUGAUGCUUUUUCACAAUCUGGGCUGUAUUCCAACCACCAAGAUAUAGGACCACGUUACGCGGGGGUACUUCUUGGACUGUCAAACACUGCUGGCGUGCUUGCAGGAGUUUUUGGUACUGCUGCCACUGGCUACAUUCUUGAGAAAGGUUCUUGGGAUAGUGUGUUCAAGGUAUCUGUUGUGCUGUACAUAGUAGGAACAGUGGUGUGGAAUGUCUUUUCAACCGGAGAGAAAGUGCUCGAAUGACCUGUGCUGUGGAUAAAAUUAACUGAUUUUUAGAUCCAUUUUGCGGAUAAUACAUUACGGCAGGGAAAGCUCUUCAUGAGACAAUAGUCGAACUCCAUUGUUGGCUGGAGAUAUGAUGUUUGGGCUACUGAAAGGAUGAACCACAAACUAAGUGAUGUAAUAACCCAGGGAGUUUUGCUGAGAAUUUGAGAACGUAGAUUUAGAACCAAAUAAACAUGUGCAGAAUGCAGCCGCAGCGAGGGCACGCCAGAUUUUGAAGCAAGCCUUUUGCAUCUGUUUCUUGAGCAGUCCAAGACUCCGAGUCCAAGCUUGUGCCUGGUCCCCCAUGCAUCUUCUUUUCAAUUUUUGUUGUACAAUAGUGAGCGAUGAAACUAUGUGCUCAGCCUCCCUCCUGAGUUUUGAGGAAGGAACCAAACAGUUGUGUAAUGGUAGUAAUAUUAUGCAAAAAAAAAUUGAAUGAAAAUUCUUGCUUGUAUUCGUCUCA